UUCCGCUGCGGCUGCGGCUUCAAGAUGGCGGACCUCCUCGGUUCAAUACUGAGCUCGAUGGAGAAGCCGCCGACCGUCGGCGACCAAGAGACCCGCCGCAAGGCGCGAGAGCAAGCUGCCAGAUUAAAAAAGAUGCAAGAGGAGGACAAGAAACAGAAAGCAGAAUUCAGGAAGCGGAUGGAGAAGUUGAUCUCAGAUUUUAUCCAAAGCAGUGCACAGAGGAGUAAGAAGUUUGACCCAAUGAACAAGCUGGAGAGAAGCAUCUUGCAUGAUGUGGUCGAGGUGGCUGGGCUGACCUCGUUCUCAUUCGGAGAGGAUGAUGACAAUAGAUAUGUGAUGAUCUUCAAGAAGGAAUUUGCUCCCUCAGAUGAGGAGCUGGAGGCAUACCGGAGUGGAGAGGAGUGGGACCCUCAGAGAGCUGAGGAGAGAAAGCGCAGCAAGGAAUUGGCACAGAAGGAGGCGGAGCAGUCUGCAGAGCAUGGACCCUCGCAGGAAUCCUCCCCCCACUCCAACUACAAACAGAAAUACAGCCAUUUGAUUGGCACCGUGGCUGCCAAAGAGGGAGCACACACCUUGCAGGCAAACAAGGCCUAUGGUUGCGUGCCCACAGCCAACAAGCGAGACACGCGAUCCAUUGAAGAGGCGAUGAACGAAAUCAGGGCAAAGAAGAAGAUGAAGGUGUUGGAUGAAGGAACAGGCGUAUCAGGGGGCCCUUGACGCCUUGCACCCUCCUCCCCCUUCCGUGCUGAGUGACCUUCCUGGCAAGGUCUGAGGCCUCGUGCAGGCCAGGCCCUGCCCCUGCUGUUAGAAGCAUGCUUUCAACUGGGGGGUGGGGG